UUUCAUUCAAAAAACAUAGCGCGGGAUAAAUAUAAUUUGAAGAGAGGGAUAUAUUGUUCUUUUGAGCCGUUAGUAAACACUUUUGAGCAGCCCACCAAUAUCUAACGGCUCCACGGACAACGACCUAACCCAAGUUUAUAGCCGUUAAACCCUCCUUCAACACUGGAUCUUCAAGCCACCGUCUCCCGUAUUUCCAGAGAAGCCGCCGGAAGAAGAAAUUCAGCUCGAAAUGGAUUCUUGUUGUCUGAAGAGAAAAAAGCCUCCCCAGAUUGAGAUCCCUAUUGUCCUCCGCGUAAUCAGUGCCGGUGCUGUCCCGAGUUUCAGACCACCAGCCACAGCCACCCGAAACGCCGCCGUGCGGUCCAGCGCCAAGGGAGUCGGCGUUUUCUCCCUCAAAGGCCGCAAGAAGUUCAUGGAGGAUUCCCACAGAAUCGUGUCCUCACAUCCCAAAAAGGGGUUUUUCGGGGUGUAUGACGGGCACGGAGGUAGCCAAGCUGCUGAAUUUGUAACAGAGAAUUUGCAUUUAAAUAUUAUGGAAUGUUUGAAGACUUGUUCUGGUAGUGGUGAAGACAGGGAUGAAGCCAUUAAAGUUGGUUACCUGAAAACUGACAGAGACUUCUUGGAAAAGGGCAUGUGCAGUGGUGUGUGCUGUGUAACUGCUUUGAUUGAAGGAGAUGAGGUUAUACUAUCCAAUUUAGGGGACUGUAGGGCAGUUCUAAGUAGGGGUGGAUCCGCUGAAGCCCUAACGAAAGACCAUAGAGCUGGAGAAGAUGAUGAGAGGAAACGGAUAGAGGAUAAAGGAGGCUAUGUGGAGAUUCACAGAGGAGCAUGGCGAGUUCACGGUGUACUCUCCGUUUCUAGAAGCAUCGGAGAUGCUCAUUUGAAGGAAUGGGUAAUAGCCGAGCCCGAUACAAGGAGAAUGUGCCUUACUUCAGAUAUGCAAUAUCUUAUUUUAGCUUCAGAUGGACUUUGGGACAAGGUUGAGAACCAGGAAGCCGUAGAUGUUGUGAUGCAAUCAUGCCAGCAAGGAACACCUUCGCAGCCCAAAGGAACCGCGGGUUCAACAGAAAAUGUGUUUGUAUUCAAUUGCAAAAGCACAAGCCCCUCAUCAAAGACGAAAAGAGUCUCACUUGUGAAAUCAAACAAAGGAAAUGAAUGCGAGUUUGGCAAUGAAAAUGCAAGCCCUGCAGCACAAAGGUCCCCAAGGGCCGCGUUGGCCAGGUCAAGCGUGGCAGACAUCUGGAAAGAAGCAGAAGAUGAUUUUGGCCAAGAAAACGAGAGUCCAAUGAAGGCUCGACGAAGAUCACUUUCACAUUCAAGUAUAAGGGCAGGAUGUUGGUCUCCAUGCUCUAAUAAGAGAAGUGUUGAUGGCUGGAAAGAGAAUGAAGAAAAGAGUUCUUCUUGUAGCCUUGUGGCUGCCUGUAAGAGACUUGCAAACCUGGCAGUGAGUAGGGGUAGUGUGGAUGAUGUAACUGUGAUGAUAAUUGAUCUUGAUCAUUUCAAAGAUCAUCAAGGGCAUGUUUACUCUGAAGAUGGACAUUUUCAUUUUUAGAGGAAAAAAUUACGAAGGGCAUGUUUGCAAUUAUUUUUUUUGUAGAUUUUAGGUGCACUAUAAAAACGCUCAAAAUUAAUAUUCCCUCCAUCCUAAAAUGAUCUUCUCAGUCAUUAUUCAAAUGAUCAACUUUUAAGCACUUUCUUUAUCUAUUUUUGUUAGUUAUUCGAUAAAAUAGUAUAGUCAUGUCACCUUUUAUUUUGUAGUUCUUUUGAUAUAGUUUUAAGAUAUAAAAUCUUUAUUUUUUAAUUUUACACUUAUAAUCAAAUCAAUUGAAUUUA